GGCUGCGGUCGCAUUGUGUGAGGCUUCACACCAGGAUUGUUGGUAGUCUGGACAGAAGACGGCGAGGCGUUGAGGCUUCCACAAAAGCCUUUCAGAGCGACGGAGAGCAGCACUGGCUGGCAGAGAGAGGGAGGGAGAGAGCUUAUAUAAUACCAGCUGUGGGAAAUGCUGGAGAGCCGAGGAGACCUCCACUGGACAGUAAGAGGGGAAAGCAGCCAUCAUGACGGCCAUAAACUGAUAAGUGUUCGCAGAGCAGGAGGAUGCCGUGCGUACCAGUCCACCGCUGAAGCUUUUCCCCAAGGAUCAUCCUGGAGUCAGUGGCCAAUGGCCUUGGAUAUUAAAUCCCUCUGUUGUGACACAUCCAUUGUUCCACUGCUGCUAUUGGACUCCAUGGCGACGAAGGACCAAGAGACAAUGUCUACAACACUGCCAGAUGCUGCAGGUCUUUCCAAGAUUAUGAAGUUACUGCACUGCCUCUUGAAGCGGGCUCAGAUGCUGCUGCUCUGCCUGGGCAUCGCCUAUCUGAUGGCAGGCAGCAUCCUGCUCCUGCAGCGCUCCAGCACCAGAGUAACCCAGCCAAACCUGGCCAGCUUGCCGCCACUGCUGUCCCUCGCAGCACCCCCUACGGUCCUCAGGACCGCCGGCCUGGGUGUGAGGGCACGCUCCAGAUGGGCCGACAUUCAGCCCGUGUCCGGAGGGGGAGCCAAGGCAGGGCGACACUGGCCCGCUUCCCAAAGCCUGGGGGUCCAGCACUUGCAUCGCCGCUGGUUUCACAGUCUGCUGCCAGAGAGUCCCGAGCAAAGAGUCUCUCUCCACAGGAGCAGCAGACACAAAGGAACCUACAUCGGUUGCUUUCUGCACAAUGCCAGUGAUCGCGCCCUGGGAGGAACGAUGCUUUAUGACCUGCGCAAAAUGACCAGUUCUCUGUGUCAAGACACCUGCUCGGAAAGUGGGUACCAGUUUGCAGGUCUGGAGUACGGAGCUGAAUGCCACUGUGGGAACCGGAUCAGUAGCCCACAGGCUCCUGAGGAGGAUUGCAGUCUGGUGUGCAGGGGCGAGAGGGGGUCUCCCUGUGGCGGCGUGGGCCGACUCUCCAUUUACAAGGUGGAGGAGCAGCUGCCAGGUCACAGAAAAUUCAGAAACAUUCACCACCGCGGCUGCUUCAGGUUGCCGAAGAACACCGUCAGCACCUUCCCCAUCCACUCCUUUCAGCCCAACCUGACCACGCAGUCCUGCAUCGAGACCUGCACAGAUAAGGAGCUUCCGCUGGCUGUGUUCAAGAAGCCCCGCUGUUUCUGUACGUGGACGUCCUCUCUCUUCAGUCUCAAGCAGCAGUCCGACAGCCAGCAGUGUGCGGGGAACUACACCAGCACCUCAGCGUCCGCUGAGCACGACCACUUCCAGGUGUAUCACACACCUGUGCUCGAUUCCAGGUGCAAAGAGAGGAUGUUUCUGCCUCAGAGAUCCAGCUCCCUGGUGGCUCUUUCUAGUUUUCCUGGUGCAGGCAACACCUGGGUACGGCACCUGAUCGAGCUCGUGACCGGCUACUACACUGGCAGCUUCUAUUUCGACGGCACGCUGUACAACAGAGGUUUCAAAGGAGAGAAGGACUACUGGAAGAGUGGCCGCAGCGUCUGCGUGAAGACCCACGAGAGCGGUCAGAAAGAGAUUGAGAUGUUCGACUCUGCCAUCCUGCUGAUUCGAAACCCUUACCGCUCCCUGGUGGCCGAAUUCAACCGCAAGUGCGCCGGACAUUUAGGACACGCCACAGAUGCACAAUGGAAAAGCAAAGAAUGGCCAGAAUUUGUCUCCAGCUACGCCCCCUGGUGGGCAUCCCACGCUUUAAGCUGGCUGAAGUUUGGACGCCGCCUGCUGGUGGUGCAUUACGAGGAGCUGCAGAGGGCCCUUCUCCCACAACUCCAACACAUCACGGCUUUCCUGAACAUCACUGUGACCGAGGAGAGGCUGCUUUGUGCCCAGAGCAACCAGGACGGCCAUUUCAAACGCUCAGCGGCGCAGCGGCCCUCCUUCGACCCGUUCACCGCCGACAUGAGACAGAUGAUUGACCCCUUCAUUCACACUGUUGACCAAGCACUGCAGAGCAGGAACUUUAGCAGACUUCCACAGGAAUACCUCCCCAGAUGAUGAUGUCGAGAGGUCGAACACACAGUGCUUUAAAUGACUGGUCCUGCAGGGGUUGGCGAGAGAGACGAUCUUCACGGACUGUUCUGCUUGAACUAACUAACUGGACCACCUGACUCUCAGAUGCACUGUGAAUGGCUGUGGAGUCAUGGAAAGGCACUGGGGGUCACUGGAGAAAACAUGACAAUUCAAUGUGAAAUCAAAAUGGUGAACGGUGAUGAAAGCCUCGGGGCAGCGACUGCCUCUCUGAGAGCUGCAAAUAAGACGAAUACUCAGAGAGGAUUUGACAUAAUUUGCUGGCCUGCAGAGUUGGGAUUAUCUAGUGAAGUGCCCGACUGCACAAAUAUUAGUGUCUAAAUCCAGGAUGGACCCAUUUUUGGUUGAAGAGGGUUUUCUGUGGCUUUAUAAUUUCACUUUAGUACAUAUACUGUGUUUUUAUCAUACAGUAAACCCAUCCUAAUAAAAAGUGCAAGUCAUACUAACAGAUGACAAACCCAGCAUUAGCUCGACUUUCUGUGGGAAUCUGCUGGUUGCUACAGGUUUGCAGUCAUGCUGGAUGAAAGCCUCGGAGCUGCUGCACGUGGCUGUCAGGACUCUCCACACAACUAGUUUGACUGCACAUGAGCCCAGAACUUCUUUUGUGCUUCAUGCUUUCAA